CUGCAAGUGGUUUUCUCUAUUUGUGCCCUACAAAUGUUGACAUGCAAAUCCUCCAGCGUCCGGGUGUCCGGCAGCAGGGAGGUGAAAGGGGAGCAGGGCGUGGGCUCUUGCCAUCCCUGUUAUUGGUGCAGGAUGCUUCGUCCUUGCGACACACAUACCCAUGCAGUAGCAGACGCCUGGAAACUGGCUCCUGAUACAGCUGCAUUGCACAGCAAUCAAUUCAUUCUGCUCACCGGGUGCUGGAGGGCUGACGAAGCGGAGCUGCUAUCCCAGUCAUCAGGGCGUGUGGGUCAGAGUCUGAGUCAUGGAUUUAUCCCCAUUGCUGUUGGAGCGACUGUUGGAUUAGGAGUUGCCACCGUUGUUGUCCCAGCAGCGCUCGGGGCAGCAGGCUUUACUGGAGCAGGCAUUGCAGUUGGGACACCUGCUGCCAAGAUGAUGUCAGCGGCGGCCGUAGCCAAUGGAGGAGGGGUAGCCGCUGGGAGUGCUGUGGCAACCCUGCAAUCCAUAGGUGCUGCAGGACUUUCUCUUGCUACAAAAGGUAUCCUGGCAGCUGCUGGGGGAGCGCUUGCAUACUUCUUUCCAAAGUGAACGCUACGACUGCUCUUCCUCCUGCAGAAACAGCCACUGCAGCCUGCCGCUUGCUUCUUCUGCCUUCUCCACAAACAGCCUUUACAGUUGGUUUGGCUGGUGACUGAGUUAUUCCUGCUGGCUGAAAUGUGAGAAAACAAUAAAAGCCUUUUGCUGGUUUAAA